AGGGGAGUUCUGAAGCGAGCGGUUUUGGUGCAGCUUGCUUCAGAAAAAAAGAGAUCGGCAGCUCGGCCACCGGCGGCUCCCUCGGAAUUUCCCUCCUUACCGGCCCUCUCCCGAUCGUCCUUUCUCCCCUCUCCACUUCCUUGCCGUAUUCCUGUCUCCACCUUCUCGUAAUCUUCCCGCUCCUGCUCCGAGUUUGGGAGCCGCCCCCUCCGCUUCUCAGCUGGACUUCAGUUUAUCUUUGCAGCUAUUGGAAAGUGAUUGUUUUGAAGUAAUGCCCACAGAAAGUGGAAGCUGUGCCAGCGCUCGCCAAGCAAAGCAGAAACGAAAAUCUCACAGUCUUUCUAUACGAAGAACCAACAGCUCUGAACAAGAGCGAUCGGGAUUGCAGAGGGAGAUGCUAGAAGGCCAGGAUUCAAAGCUUCCAUCAUCUGUUAGAAAUACACUUCUGGAGCUUUUUGGUCAAAUAGAAAGAGAAUUUGAGAACCUCUACAUUGAGAAUCUUGAAUUACGCAGAGAGAUUGAUACACUUAAUGAACGCUUAGCAGCUGAAGGCCAAGCCAUUGAUGGAGCAGAAUUGAGCAAGGGGCAGCUGAAAACCAAAGCCAGCCAUAGCACCAGUCAGCUCUCUCAGAAAUUAAAGACUACUUACAAGGCAUCAACUAGCAAGAUAGUCUCCAGUUUCAAAACAACAACAUCCAGAGCAAUAUGCCAGCUAGUGAAAGAAUAUAUUGGACAUCGGGAUGGCAUUUGGGAUGUCAGUGUUACAAAAACUCAACCUAUAGUGCUUGGGACAGCAUCAGCUGAUCACACUGCUUUGCUGUGGAGCAUAGAGACAGGAAAGUGUCUUGUCAAAUAUGUUGGGCAUGCUGGAUCAGUAAAUUCCAUAAAGUUCCAUCCAACAGAACAGGUGUCUCUUACAGCUUCAGGAGACCAGACAGCUCAUAUUUGGAGGUAUAUGGUGCAGUUGCCCACCCCUCAACCUACUGCAGACUGCAAUCAAAUGUCUGGUGAAGAUGAAGUUGAGUUCUCUGAUAAGGAUGAACCUGAUGGAGAUGGCGAUGGCUCUAGUGAUUGUCCCACCAUCCGAGUUCCUUUGACCUCCCUAAAAAGCCAUCAGGGUGUAGUCAUAGCAGCUGAUUGGCUGGUUGGAGGGAAGCAAGCAGUGACAGCUUCAUGGGACAGGACGGCCAACCUGUAUGAUGUGGAGACAUCUGAACUUGUGCACUCUCUGACAGGACAUGACCAAGAACUUACACACUGUUGCACCCAUCCCACCCAGCGCCUUGUGGUAACUUCAUCACGUGACACAACCUUCCGUCUGUGGGAUUUCAGAGACCCGUCUAUCCAUUCUGUGAACGUCUUUCAGGGCCAUACAGACACUGUGACUUCAGCUGUUUUCACUGUGGGGGACAAUGUGGUUUCAGGUAGUGACGAUCGUACUGUGAAAGUUUGGGACUUGAAAAAUAUGAGGUCACCCAUUGCCACUAUUCGCACAGACUCUGCAGUAAACAGGAUUAAUGUUUGUGUCGGCCAAAAAAUCAUUGCCCUUCCACAUGACAACCGACAGGUUAGAUUAUUUGACAUGUCUGGAGUGCGAUUAGCACGUCUUCCUCGCAGCAACAGACAGGGCCAUAGAAGAAUGGUCUGCUGUUCAGCAUGGAGUGAAGAUCAUCCAAUAUGCAAUCUGUUCACUUGUGGAUUUGAUCGCCAGGCUAUUGGGUGGAACAUCAACAUCCCUGCUCUGCUUCAGGAAAAAUGAGAAGCUUCCCUCUUUUCCCCCCAGUUUUAUUGCCACAGACUUUGUGCAGACUUCCCUAUAAGCUGCAGUCAAUGUAAAAGGUGCACCUUGAAACGGGGGGCAGGUGGAAUUGUGAAUAUUGUUACUGCAUUGUGCACAGUUGCAUGAAAUGUACAGAAAAAAAUGUGACCUUUUCAAAGAAGUUAGGUUCUUGUGUAUGAACUUUUUUAUCUUGACACCUACUGGUGUCUAGAAGGAUGCUUAGCUUUCCUAUGGAGCAUAUAUGUUUGCGAGUUACUCAGCCUAGUUGAACGUUAGGGCAUUAAGUUCAGUUUAAAUAUGAAUUCUAUGUACUUAUUGUGAAAAAUCUAUAGCCCGCCUUUCCCCCAUCACAUUACACAUUUGCCCUGUGAUUAAAAGAGAAUAUAAGGCUAAUCUUUAAGAUGAAGGAGGGAGGGGUUUACUGCAGCGUAUAGCUGAGCCUUUCUUGUGUCUAUAUACAGUUUGACCUGAGGACUCAAAUAUAGUAUUAAUUCCAACUCCCAAUAUACCUUAGUUACUGAAUUAAAAACAAGGGUUAGGGAAGGAAACCAUAAAUAACUUUAUGUAUUAGAUAUAAAAUGUUGGAUUGCCAUAUUGGGAAUACUCCUAUACAUUUCAAGACCUAUUUAAAUUAUUACCCUCCUGGCCUGAGGAACCACUCUGUGUUUCAGAUUCUCACAUAAGGCAAACAAUAUUUUACAAUCAUGGAAAUCUGAACAAGUUCUUAAAGCACUUUAGUUUAUAGCAACUGUUAUAAACCCCAAGUGUCCAAUGACAUUUCCUAGAGAAUGUGAGACUUGUAUCUAAGAAGGAUUUACAUUACUAGAUUUUUGUGAAUAUUUUAAAGCCAGUGAAUAAAUCUUGUUAUUUUGCUUGUUUUUAUUUUUUUUAAAAUACACCUGUGUUUUAAUAUAAAUUAACAUGGGAAUUUUCCCAUCAUAAUUCUGUUUGAGCCAAUGACAACACAAAGGCCAUGUUCCAAACAGCCAUAUCAUUCUGCAAUACAAGGGGCAUCGUUUCUCUCCCUUCCCUCUCUCCCAUUUAAUGACCAUUCUUGAAAACGAGAUUUUUUAAAAUCUUUUUAUGGGAUGGUUGCAUUGUGGUUGGUGCAGUUGGAGACGAGUCUGCUGUUCAGAAAAGGAAAACAAAAUAACCUUACUGGGUGCAUACAGUCCCUUGAUCUGCCUAAUACAGUACUCUGAAUCAUGGCCCUUGUAACCAAGAGUGCUACCUCAACAAUAAAGGUGGGGCUGCUUUUGAAUCUUGCUGUUCAACUUGGAAUAAGAUACAUUGCACCUCAUUCUGACAUGCUGUCAUGCUUGCCAAAUUUUAAGCUAAAAUUGUAGCAAGUUUAAUGAAACUUUGCUGUGCUGAAAAAAGUAACUGGAAAAAAAGAAUACAGUCCCUGUAUUCUGUAGGCUUUCCUUAAAUUUUACCUCAGCACAUCCUAUGUGGGCUUUAGCCUACUUACAUUGUGCUGUCAGAUUGGCAUGCUUAGUUCAUAUUUGCAAGCAAAUUUGGUAGCCACUAGUUGGAAGGAAGGACUGGAAGUUGUAUUUAAAGUUUUUUCUCAGAUGAAGGCAGAAAACCGUUCUCUAUACUGUCCAUCAGUGUCUCCAGAGUGGCACACAGAUUGCUUAACAAAGAGUUUAAAAUUAAUUUCCAUAAACCAGAGAUGUAGAAAGCAUGCUUGGGGGCCUCAUAGGGCCUGCCAACAUCUCCUUUGUGGCCAACAGAGCACCUUUUUGAGUAAAUGAGGUUGAAACAUUGUGCCCAUUUGUUGGUCUUUUCUGAGAUAUUUUAAGAGGCAGAAAUGGGGCCUUCAUCCUUGCAGAUGUUGAAAACACUUCAUGUCUUUAAACUCUGUGACCACCUCCCAGGCCCCACUCACUUUUAAAGGGCUGGCGUUGACAUGCCACAUUAACCUUGGUGUGUCCCUCAAGUGCAAGUCCUGCAGCAGGGCAUCCUGAAUUAAUAUUGCUUUGAUUAACCCCUUUUUCUUUGGCUAAUGUUCUCUUCCAGCAGCUCUGCAAAGUAGGAAUUGCAGAGGCAGAUCUACGUGGAGAACAGAGUAAACAGGAUGAGAGCCAGGGCCACCAUUUACGAGGGGACUGAAAUCCUAGAAGCAAAUGCCAAAGAAGUACACUCUUCUAAUUCAGAUUGCUUAUUGCAGGCACGACAAAUUGUUCUCAGCAUUUUUCUGAAUAGUUAUAAUAUCGGACACUGGAAUUCUAGGAGAAAAACAAGCGGGGAUAUAAAAUGAUAGGAUGACAAUGCAUUGGUUAUGGAUAUCUUAGAAGAGAGUUUAGCUAAGAUGUAUAUAGAAUCUUAUGUGGCUGGUAAAGGGCUAAUAAUUGAGGCUUACGACGAUUACCAAAGGUAUACUGAUAAACAAAUGAUGACUUACAAGAGCAAGGCUUGUAUGAGCUAUGGAUAGCUUUGUUAUGUGUUUUGUUCAUAGUAGCAGUAGUACUAUUUUGCAGUGUUUGCAGUUCAGUCUGAAUCUUGCCAGAUGGAGUGAUUGGAGGGAAAAUGCUGCAGCGGCAGAGAGACAACUGUACAGUUCACCCCCUUGACUUUUUUUCUGUUUUUGCACUGAUAUUAGGACGAACGACAACAACAGAACACGUGCAUUGGUGUUUUUACUUUUGGGCUCCUUGACACAGGGCUUCUUGAACUCAGUAUUCUUGAGAGCAACCAGUUCCCUUCGUCAUGUGGCCGUAUCAAAUCCCAUUAGGGAAAUCUGGUUUCAUUGCAUGGCCCUUCCCUAAUGAAUGGGUUUAUUUGAUUUUUUUUGUUUGUUUGGGAGGGUGGGGAGUGGAUUUCAUUUGCAUGGACUGGGCACAUGAUGGAUUUGUAAGAUUUUAAAACACAGUAAAAUAGUUGAGGUGCACGAGAUUAUCACUAGCUGCUGUUGGCCAAAGGACCAACCUUUCACAGCAGAGAAAGCUGCGUGCUUGUUCUCUCCUAAGCCAUGAAGUGUGGCUAAUUUUUGAGGAGCAAGCCAGUGUUUUAUGGAGGGAGCAGAGCUGCCAAGGGAUGAAGCGUUACUGAUGAACGUGGUGAAUGGUCAUACAUUUCACUUUUUAUGGUCUUCACCUCAAAUGUUUCUAGCAACUAUUGUGUGAGGGUAUUUAUUUAAUUAUGUCUUGUAUUUCACAUGGAGGGGAAGUGAUUGUUGCAUGUUUUUAAUUUUGAGACCUCGUUUUAGAGAAGAUGGCUGUAUCACUGGGCAAAUCACAAAAACCUGUGUCUGUCUGUCUUUCUCUCUAUGUAUACAUGUUCUUUAAAGAGUGCACAUUAUUUUUUGAAGAUAAAAAAUGUAACUGUUUCAGAAUCUGAAGAAUCUGGUUUUGAUGCUUAAGAUUUUGAAAACCAGCUUCCUCUGAGGAAGAGAUCCUUAUACUGUAUCUCCACGUAGAACCACUUAUUCUGUUUGUUUGUUUGUUUUUGUUUACUGAUAUUUUGGUGAUUGUGUUUUUUAGAUGUUCAGUGUUUGUCCUUGUUGCAAUCUGAAAAUGCCAUUAAAAUAUUCAGCACAGUU